CAUUGUCCGACGUGCCCUUAUUAGCAUCUAUGAACACUAGCAACUCAUAUCAGUACAAACCGCACACCAACGAAGUUCCUCGACAAAUUUUUUAAUUUUUCAUUUUAUUUUGACACAAUCAUUUCGAACAUACACAGCAACAAAAAUGCCGAUUAAAAGUGUAUACGCCCGUCAAAUUUACGAUUCCCGUGGUAAUCCAACUGUUGAAGUUGACCUUGUCACCGAUUUAGGAUUAUUUCGUGCGGCUGUUCCAUCCGGUGCCAGUACUGGUGUACAUGAAGCUUUAGAAUUACGUGAUCAAAUCAAAGAACAUUAUAUGGGCAAAGGUGUAACAAAAGCUGUGGAUAAUGUUAAUAAAUGUAUUGCUCCAGAAUUAUUGAAACAAAAUUUUGAAGUCACCCAACAAACGGAAAUCGAUGAAUUUCUCAUCAAAUUAGAUGGAACUGAAAAUAAAUCAAAGUUUGGUGCAAAUGCAAUUCUUGGUGUAUCGAUGGCUGUAUGUAAAGCUGGUGCAGCGAAAAAAGGUGUUCCAUUAUACCGGCAUAUCGCCGCGUUAGCCGGUAACAACAAUCUCAUUUUACCAGUGCCUGCGUUAAAUGUUAUUAACGGUGGCUCACAUUCUGGUAACAAACUUGCCUUCCAAGAAUUCAUGAUUUUACCAACCGGUGCCUCUAGUUUCAGUGAAGCCAUGAAAAUGGGCUCAGAAAUUUAUCACAAUUUAAAAAAUGUUAUCAAAGGUAAAUUUGGUUUGGAUGCGACAGCUGUGGGAGAUGAAGGUGGUUUUGCCCCAAAUAUUGGAGAUAACACCGAAGGUUUGGAAUUAUUAAAAGAAGCUAUUGAACGGGCUGGAUACACUGGAAAAGUUGAAAUUGGUAUGGAUGUUGCCGCUUCCGAAUUCUAUAAAGAAUCCAAAUACGAUUUGGACUUUAAAAAUCCAAAUUCUGACCCAACAAAAUGGUUGACUGUAGAACAAUUGACAUCGUUGUAUCAAAAUUUGGUGAAUUCAUAUCCUUUGGCAACAAUUGAAGAUCCCUUCGAUCAAGAUCAUUGGGAUGCAUGGAGUAGUUUCACUGCAUCCGUGAAUAUUCAAGUAGUCGGUGAUGAUUUAACUGUCACCAAUCCAAAACGUAUCCAAACCGCUAUUGAGAAGAAAUCAUGUAAUUGUUUACUUUUGAAAGUCAAUCAAAUUGGUACCGUUACUGAAUCCAUUAAAGCACAUUUAUUGGCCAAAGAAAAUGGUUGGGGUACCAUGGUAUCACAUCGUUCUGGUGAAACUGAAGAUACAUUUAUUGCUGAUUUAGUUGUGGGUUUGAGCACGGGACAAAUUAAAACUGGCGCACCAUGUCGCUCUGAACGAUGUGCCAAAUACAAUCAAAUUUUACGUAUUGAAGAGGAAUUAGGUGCGGCUGCUAAAUAUGCUGGUAAAAAUUUUAGACGGCCACAAUAAGUUCCAUAUUCCGCGGAUUUUGGUUUUUGUGCUCAUAUCCACAAAAUUUUUUUCUAUUUAUUUUUUUUUUCUCGUGUAGUAAUAUCGAUUAUCAAGAUAAUAUAUGUAAUUCAAAUUAAUUUUCUAGAGUAUUCUAGAAUAUUAUUUAAGUUCAUUCUAUUGAAUGACACACUUGUUGAGUAAUUUUACAUCUGUAUUAAAUGAUCAAUUUUGGAAAUAAAUUUUUUCAAACUUUU